AUGACUGUCUCCUACCAAGAAGCCCUUAACGUUAUACUACAGCAAGCAGAGAUACAACGGGAGACCUUACCGGACCCGAGUGAACUUGUGGCUCUCGAGAAAGCUGUGGGACGCGUCGCCAGCCACUGUUAUGAAGCUGUAACGCACACUCCCUCGUUCGAUUGUGCUGCUACAAACGGCUAUGCCGUUUGUUCAGCUUUGACUUCCGAGGCCAGGAAUGUAGCACCAAUCACUUUCUUCGUCUAUGGCACGCAAGCUGCUGGAGACAACCCAAUGACGGUGCCUGGAGUCCGCCUGAACGGUGCCAUACCAUGUGUUGAAAUCACGACAGGUGCAAGAUUCCCAAAAGCUUCGACCAAUAUGGACUUUGAUGCUUGUGUCCCUUUUGAGGAUACUAUUGAGCUUCCAGGAAAGAUACACGGAUGCAAGCAAAUCCAGAUCAGGAGGCCUGUAUUGCAUAAUGCUCAUCGACGGCUCGCGGAUGAUGACUUCCACUUGGAAGACGAAGUUCUUAGGAGUGGCAUGAAAGUUACGUCGCAGCAUAUAUUGGCACUCGCGUCUCUGGGAGUUCAGACUGUCGCAGUGAAGAAGAUACCACGGGUCGGGGUAUGGUCCACAGGGAAAGAGCUCGAGUCUAGGAUAGAUAUUGAGCAGAGGCGAGAUCGAGUCCCUGAUGCGAAUGGCCCGUACAUCAUAUCUGCCCUUGAAGAGCUCGGAAUCGAUGCUGAAUUUUUGGGAAUUAUCGAUGACGAAGAAGAGGCCAUCAAGCAAGCCGUCACGUCGGCCAAUAGAUCAAGAUUCGAUAUCUUGAUAACUACUGGGGGCACUUCGGAGGGACGAUUUGAUAACGUUCGCUCGGCCAUCGAGGCCUGCGGCGCUGAAGUUCUAUUCAGCAAAAUUGCAGUACAGCCUGGCAGUCCAACCUUAUUUGCUACGAUACCUCGAUUACCUAUCAUCUCCAGCUGCAGAAUGCUUUCCCCGCAGCCAUCAAAUGGCGACCAGUUCAUAGCGUUUUUUGGCCUUCCAGGUGGUCCGGUAGCGGCAGCAGCUUGCAUGAAGUUCUUUGUAGCCGCGUAUAUCAAACAAUGGCGAUGUGAACCAGGACACGAGUCUUUGGGUUGUCAUCUCUUGAAUAUCUCGCCACAGUCUGGGACGUCGGCAAAGUCACAACGAUUAUCGACUUCUCACUCCCGGCCACAAGAAAGUGAUGUUUUCAAGCAUGGAACAAUUGCCAUCAAUGGAUCCACGGCGUGGGCAGUGCCAAGUCCCGAGCAGAAUGAUUCAAAGAUAAAAUCCUUCCUCAAAAGCUCGUGUUGGAUGCAUCUGCCAGCCGGCCCAUCUACUAAGUCAAACGGCGAUGUGGUGCGUUGUUAUUCAAUUCAAGAGGGCGACAAUAUCAUCGAGAAAAUUAUCUUUGGUCAUGAGCGCAAAGACGAAACAAAGUCCGCCAGUGAAGGAUAG